ACGUCACGCCGGCGGGCGCUAAGAGCAGCUGCACGGUGUUGGGCGGCUUUGAGUACCUUCCAGCACCUGCGGGUUGGAAGAACGCUGCUCGCAGCUCUCUGUCGGCACGUCUCCGUCCGUCCUUACCCGCCUUAUCCUGCACCCGGUCGCUGAGAGCAACCUUCCUCCGCGACCCCGCGUCUGAGGCACGGCCGGAGGCUAGAGGUGGCCCGCCGGAUUCUUGUCUGGCCCUCGCCCCGAGCGCCCGCGGAGCCCGCCGCCCGCGGCCUCAGCGGGACGAUGCUGGAGUCCAUUCGCGUGACGGAAAAGCUUCACUGGCCUGAGCAAGAACUUGCUAAGAAGUCUAUUCUAAAUGCAGAAGAGUCCUUGAUCAUUGACAGCAAAGGAAGCAUUUCACAUUUAUCUCCUGGAAUACUAAAGGACAUUUUCACAACUGGAACCAGUAGUUACAAUGUCCUACUACAGAGCAAAGAGGAGAAAAAACAUCAUUCACAGAAACAGUCUUCCUCCAGCUACUCCAAAAGAUGUAGAAAACCCAGCAAAUCUCCUAGCUCUUCACGUAGUAAAGAUCUUCGCAAGAUGAAAGCCCCAGUGCCUGUGAUGAGCAGUGAUACUUGGUACUGCCUAGAAAGGCAGCCUGCUGUUUUUGUCACUAGUUCAGUGUCAAGUCCUGUAAAGUUUACACAUGGUAUCUCUGUUACAGGAAACAGCACAGUACUGCCACCUAAACCCAAAAAUGAAAGAAAGGUCAAGCGACGCCAUUUCUCCACUCUUCCAAAGCCAAAGCCGCGGCCUCAGCUGUCUAGAAGUUUUGAAAAAGGAGAUGACUUUUCUGGAAAGAAAUUUUGUAUACUGACUGCUAUAAAGCCCACCAACUUGGAGAAAGAAAAAGUGAGAUUCUUUAAGUCUGACUAUACCUACAAUCCUCAGUUUGAAUAUGCUAAUCCUUCUCUGCCAAGUGUGUUAGCCAAGCACAGCAACGCAACUGACCGGUUUCUUAAGCAGUCUAUCAAUAUUAUGGAACUGACUCUACAAAAGUAUGGAAGCUAUGAAAAAUUUGAACAGGCCACUGGUGGUAGCCUGCUAUCUAAAACUCGAAUCUGGAGUCAUGUUAGGAAAUACAUGAUGAAAGAAGGCUGCAUGGGUGAGAUUGUAGUUCAUCUCACUGAGGACCUGCUUUCCCGAGCUUCCAUGACAGUAGUAAAUGGAUGUCCAACACUGACCAUCAAUGUUUGCACCGCACGUGAGCAUUGGCUGGAAGGAAUGCUGAGGCAUGAAAUAGGCACACAUUAUUUUCGAGGUAUUAACAACCUUCAGCAGCCAUGGAACAGUUGGACUGGCCGUAAAAAACAUGAGCUAAAGCCAAACAAUCCCACAGAGGAAGGACUGGCAAGUAUUCACAGUGUCCUGUUCAGAAGAGACCCCUUUUUAUGGAGGGCUGCCCUCCUCUACUACACUGUUUAUCGAGCCAGCCACAUGUCUUUUUGUGAAUUAUUCAAAGAUAUUGGAAAGUUUGUCAAGGACCCCAAUACAAGAUGGGAUUAUUGUGUACGAGCCAAGAGGGGAUGGACUGAUACCUCCCAACCAGGGUGUUUCAGUAAAGACCAGGUAUACUUGGAUGGCAUCCUGCAAAUCCUCCGAUAUAGAGAGACCAUUGACUUUCAUCUACUGACGGCCCUGGGGAAGGUAUCUUAUGAAGAUGUGGAUCGCUUAAAAGGAUUGGCAGUUACUGAAAACAUGAGGGUCCCUCACUUUCUGCAGGACCAUGGCCGAUAUAUGGAACACUUAGAGAAGAUCAUGGAAGUGAAUGAACUGACUGACAGGGAACUGAAAGAUCUUAUAUAUUAAUUAGCAUUCUUGCAAACAUAGCUAAGCUAUACCUCCAUGUAUAUUACCAAUUAGGUGCAGUUAGCACCAGCAGAUUUAUAAAUGAAGAAUGACUGUUUACAUGAGUUUUCUGAAGAAUGAUCUGCAGUAUUCAGCUGAAUAUUUAGGUUAAGAGCAAACUUUAAACUGUUUCCCUAAAAUGUUUCUAUAGGCUACAAGGGAAAGUUACUCCUGUUUUCAUCUGAAUCUCAACAGAGUCAGAUGAAAAUACUGCUGAUGGGUGUUUUUGAGGAAUCUUGGUCAAAUUGAGUGAUAAACUUCUGCCUGAGCACCAAGACCAGCUCUUACUAGAGAUGGAAUUCCUGUGUUGUUCAAACUCCAAGGUAAUAUUUUAUUUAAUAAAUAAUGGUAAUUAUUCUCCUUUGAAAAAUUAGUCUGUGUUAUGCUCCCAAAAGCUAGAAAAUAAGAAAUUUAAGAUUUCUUAUUUUCUUAUAUGUUAAGUAAUGUUAAAGGGAGGGGAAAAGCAAUUUGAAAAGUUCUCAUAGUUCUUUAUUUUACACAUUAUUGUUUCACCUUAUCAGCUUAUAGGAACUAAAGUAGAAGAUUACCAUGUUUUGUCCAGUUAUCCCUUAACUAAACUCAGUUUUCAUCUGCUGAAACAUACUGGACACCUUCAAAAUUUUAACCAAGUUUUAGGGUCUUUCCUUCCCAAGUCUCAGAGGUUUUUCUACAUAAAUCAAAAUAGUUGGGGAAGAGAGAAGCUACUUACCUUUUUUAUUAAAUGGAGCAAUGAGCAGGGGAUAAAUCAGGUAGGAGCUGGAUGUUGACUGGGUAGCAUCUACAGUAAGCUUGACUAUAUACUCUGAGAAACAGAAUUUCUGGGCAUUGUCAUUUGAUAAACUGGCUUUGUGAUGAUAUUGGCUCAGUAUUUUAUCAAAAUCUUUGACUUCAUCAAGCCAAUAAUGACAUACUUUGAAUUUCAAGAAUGUGAGUUCUGUUUUACUACAUUUCUCCUGCUAAAAGCUUAUAUCUAGCUUUGUAAUUUAUCAAUUUCACUAUAUACUUGGAUAGGUAUAAUAGGUAUACUUGGGAUCAAGUAGUUUUUCAAACUUAUUUUAAUCAGAAAGAAUACAGCUGUAAACACCCCAUUCAAAAUUGCUACUGUGAUUUCUACCCAAAGUCUGUCUAUCUGAGAGUUUAUCUUUACCUCAAUUCAGACUUAAAUAUGGUGCUAACACUGGUAGAUGUAUACUGCAAAGCCUGGUUCACAUUCACAUUUUAGAAACUCUUUUGCAGACAAGGUUAUGGGAUUUUUCUCUUUCAUAUAUCUAGAAGGGCUCGCCUCAAAGAAUGAUAUACUUCAACAAACCUCCAACAAACAUGAUAUACUCUAACUGGCACCUGGCAGUUCUUGCAAAGCCACGCAUUUCACCUUUGGCAGUAGCAGGCAAGGCCCUUUAGAGUACUGAAGGUGCCCAUACCUGUGUCAUGCUGGCUGGAGUGUGACCUGCACUGGGGCUGGGGGCACAGUGCACCAACACUAACCAGACACCAGAAGACCACUCUUGUCCUCUCAAGCAUUAUUUCCUUGUAGCAGAGUCAUCCAGUUUCAGCUCUGUGUAGUGUUUUCUGACUUCAUCUUCAGACUUAUCAAAGGUAAUUGUGAAAACAAUGUCUUAUUAGCUGGAAUUGAAGUACAGACAGAAAUGGCAAUAUUUAUGUCCUGUGACUUAAGGUCAAAUGAUUAUAAAUUCAGCAUUUGUAGGCAAUAACACUGCUAAUGUUUAAAUAUAAAGGAAAAUCACAGCAGCCUUAAUUUCCUAUUGGUAGGAUUGUUUGUAGUGGUUAUAGUCCCUGAAUUUUAAAAUGGAUAGAUGUUAUAUGAUCCAGAAAAGGAAAAGCUUUCUUGCCUUACUGCUUUGAUAUAAAGACAAAAAACAUGAGCACUAUCCAGACAAAAAAAAAAAAAAACGACCUUAAAUCACAUUAAGAUAUUUCAAAAGUUAGCAAUGAACCAAAAGUAGUUUAAGAUUAGCAGAAAUACUUAAAUAAAGAGCUCUAAGCUUUAAAAGUUGAGAUUGAAGAUUUAAUGUUUAUUCUCUUUCUUGAAAUAGCAUUAAGGUCAGUUUUGUUCUCUAAAAUAAAGUUUUUAUAAAUAGAAAAUUAUAGCCGCAGAACUUAGGAGAAUAGUUGAAGAUCAUAUUCGUUUUAAUUAGAAGAGUCAUUUGCUAUAGGCUAUUGAUCAUUAGGAUUUCAUCAAUUUUUUCCACUGAAAUCCUAACAAACAUAUAGUUGUAUCAAAUACAAAUUCUGAUAAACUGUUUGUUAGGUUUUCACACCAGACAGUUUCAAAGUAAAACAGUCUGCAAACAUAAAUCCAUAGUCUUCAUUUCUUUAUAUUUUCAAUCUUUGAGCAUUUUGUGUCUAGCUGUAAUAGAAAUAAAUAGCACUGAGGUUCUCAGAUGAACUAUUUGGAUAUAUAUGCAUGCAAAUUUCUGUUCUUUUAAAACCUAAUUAUAUUUUUAUUGUGGUAUUUCCAGGUUUUUUAUUGUGGUAAUUAUUGAAAAUACCAUCAAUCAUGUUUGUCUUCUAGUAUUCUUAUUUAUAGAGAAAUAUUAUAUUUGCCACACUCUACCUUUCCCCUAAUUAGUUCAGCAUAUACUCCCAUGGGGCAUAGGGAAAAGGAGAGAGGGAAAAU